AUGAAACAGAAUCAUGAGGAAAAUACCUCGACUAUGAAACGCAAAGCUAUAUCCCCUCCCGAUGGACGAAAUCAUAAGAAACAUCGAUCAAGUCAAAAAUCCAAUGGAGACAGCGAACUACCCGAACACGAUUCUGGUAGUAUGGAGGAAAAAGGUGAUUUUAAAAAGUUUAGAAUAUCAUCCGCUAUUGCCGAUUCGCUAAAGGAACGAGGAAUUACAUACUUAUUUCCUAUUCAAGCCCAAACUUUUGAUUAUGUUUAUGAUGGUCAAGAUGUCAUCGGUCAAGCAAGAACUGGGACUGGAAAAACGCUUUCAUUUGCUUUACCUAUUACGGAAAAGUUAAUUAAGAAAAAACGUUCCGACGAUAAAAUUCGACCUCCUAAAGUCUUAGUUUUAGCACCUACGAGAGAAUUAGCUAUUCAGAUUACAUCAGAAUUUAAAGCUUUAUCUGGAAGUCUUAAAGUAGUCUGCAUUUAUGGAGGAGUUCCUUAUGCCGAGCAAGAAAAUCAUCUAAGAAAUGGAAUCGAUAUCGUGAUUGGUACACCUGGAAGAAUCAAAGAUCAUAUCGAUCGUAAAAAUCUUGUUUUAUCCAAGUUAAAGCACGUUGUGCUUGACGAAGUUGAUCGAAUGCUAGAUAUGGGCUUUUGUGAUAUUGUAGAAGAAAUACUUUCUCAUGCUUAUGUUAAAGAUCGUCAUCCACAAACGCUACUCUUUUCUGCCACAAUGCCUAAAUGGGCUCUUAAAACUAUAGAUAAAUAUAUGAAAAGUGAUAAAAAGAUUGUAGAUCUCAUUGGAAAAGAUGCAUUACGCACAUCCACAACAGUUGAGCACAAAGUUAUAUCGUGCCCUUACCAUGAACGAGCGGCUACAAUCGGCGACCUGGUUAAAGUCUAUGGUGGUGACCAUGCCCGAACUAUCAUCUUUUCACCUACAAAAAAAGAAGCCAAUGAACUUGCUUUAAGUUCGGUUUUAAAACAGGAAGUUCAGGUACUGCAUGGAGAUAUCCAACAAGCACAGCGAGAAGUAACUCUAAAGGGAUUUCGUGAAGGCAAUUUUCCUUGUUUAGUUGCUACAGACGUCGCCGCGAGAGGAUUAGAUAUUCCUGAAGUCGAUCUUGUUAUUCAGUGCGAACCGCCUAAGGACGCCGAUACUUACAUUCACAGAUCUGGUCGAACAGGUCGUGCAAAUAGAACUGGUAUUUGCAUAACAUUUUAUAAGCCUACACAUCAAGAUCGAAUAAAAAGUAUUGAAAGUGAGGCAGGCAUCAACUUUUGUCGUAUUGGAGCACCUCAAUUGGGUGAUAUUAUACAAGCAACCUCCCGAGAUGCUGCUAAAUCACUAGAUUCUGUUCCUGCAGAGGUCUUAGUACAUUUUGAGAGUAUUGCUAGCGAAAUCAUUGAAACUAAAGGGGCAGUAAAAGCUCUAUCUGCUGCACUUGCGCACAUAUCUGGUUAUACGUCAAUAACAAACAGAUCAUUGCUUUCAUCUCGAGAAGGCUUUACAACAUAUGUUAUGCGAAGUCAAUGGGAGUUUCGUAGCGUAUCAUAUAUGUGGAAAGUAAUUGAGGUUGAGCUGUCAUCAGCAAUAAAAGCGGAAGUACGUGGAAUGAGAAUGUGUAAGGACAAAAAAGGGGUAGUCUUCGAUUUACCAAGUAAUCUUUGCGACACUGUAAAGGAAAAUUGGAAAAAUGCUAGAAAUAUAGAACUAGAUAUUGCAGAUGCAUUACCGGAACUUUUAGACACUUCGUCAUCUUUCGAAAAGCCAUCACAUUUUAAUAACAAUUCAAGAUUCGGUAAUAAUUAUAAUCGACAUGAAAGAAGACCUUUUAAUCAAAUGGCCUCAAGAAAUUAUACCAACGGGAGAGGAAACAAUCCUCGUGGCUUCAGAGCGAGAAAUUUUUAA